AUGGAGAAGGGGAUGAUCCAAUCCCCAGAUUGGUAUUUAUCGGGGAUUGGAUUGAAAUGUCACCCGAUACCGUGUAUCGGAAUCGGAUUGAUCUCCGCUCCGAUCCCAAUUUAUCAGCGGAUCAGGAUCAGCUGGAGUGAUCCAAUCCAAGCCGCGUGGGAACUUGGUAUUGGUAUUGCCCCAGCCGAUCCGAUCAAACCCAGAUAUUGUAUCUGUAUCAGGGGGUUUAAUCCCCGUUUGGGUCGGUCGUCAUUUCCGACCGACCCUUGGAGUGGACUUGCCACUUACCACUUGCAAGUACUGACAGUGACACUAUCAGUACUACUACCACCCACCCCAUCACCCUGUCGCCAACUGAAAACACCCCACCACCACCCUGUUGCAUUGACCCUCCUCGGAGUAGGACUUUCACUACCAGGACCAGCCUCCCUCUCCUCAGUUGUUGGUUAG